AUGAUCAAAUUCAGGCUACCAAAUACCAGAACCAUACAAAGUAUUCAUAACCCCAUUAUAAUGGACGACUACCCUUCUCUCGGUGCCAGUUGUAAACCCCGUACAACACAACUUGGACUUCAUGUGCUCUUCCAGGCUCUUCAUUUCGGAGAAUUAUACAUGACCAGACAUGGUUUCAAAGUUAUCACAACAUAUGUCAUCGCAAAGCACCUGCCUCCGCAUAUUGAAGAAAAUCAAGAACUAAUAUACUAGAACACUUCGUAAGAGGGAUGUUGGAUGGCAUGGAUUGCAUGGCAUGGCAUGCAUUGCAUGAGCCGAGGGGAUCAGUAUACGAGCUCCGUAAGGGAGCGACACGGGGGCGAAGACUCAGGGCGCGACAUAGGGGGGCCACCGCGUUGCUGUCUGUUUUGCUUCUUGCGUUUGUCCUUGCGCAGCCCGCCUUCCUCAUCUUUAGCCACCCCCUUCGCAGCGCCGCUGGAGCAUGCAGAGCGCCUGGCGCCUGUCCGCGCUCGUUGUAGGGGUAUCUGAAUAGUGCGCCUGGCAGGUCCUAUCUAUUGUAAGUAGCUCGACUAGGCUAGCUUGCCUGGGAUCUCGACCGCCUUGCUCACUGUUCCCUGGCGCACACAGGCCACGGCGUUCGCGCUGCUCCUUGCUUGUGUCUGGGGCGGGGUCGCAGUCAGUGUGGCUGUGGGCUGUGUUCGUGUUCGUGUAUCGUAAAGUAAUUCUUCGGCGGAGCAGCCCGGUACUGCGGAGGAAGUAUGGCGCCCGAAGGGCGCCGCGAAAAAUUUAUUGUUUUUGGGGUGGUCCAUCCAUGCCAUGCAUGCCAUCCACGCAAUGCAAUCCAGAAGCUCAGAAGUUGCUUUUUAUUCUAAUAUACUCAUUUGAUGGACUUCUUGAUGUGUCUUUUCAUUCAACAUACGUGGUGAAGUCUAGCUUACAACUGAGGAGCCCUCAAACAGUCUCGUUCAGGGAGAAGAACUGGCAUUUUUUGAUGUAAAAACUCGAGUUCCGAACUUACUUUUUUCCUAGAAAAACAAAUACAAGAAACACCUCGUCUCAUGUGAUUACCCUUAGUACAAGUUGUACUACCCAACAU